GGGCUGAUAAAAAGCUUUAGCCAAAGCUCUGCAGUGAUGCAUACGCAGCCUGGUCUGGGCGGGAAGGGGGUCUCGUUCUCUUCGUGAUUCCACAUAAGAUCACUACCAAGCAGGUCGAGUGCGCCACGGAGAUUUUUUUUCUUCUUUUUUUUUUUUCUUCCUCUUUCUUUUUUUGGGGGGCUUGGGGCGCUGGCUUCAUUGAUGCACAUUUGCUGGCAUGCUGUUUAAGGAUGAGGCAGCCGUGUGCGAAUGUUGCAGAACGCCGGUAGAGGACUACUUGCCUUGCUGUUGAUGUUGUUGGAGUGGACCCGCCCAAGCCUCCUAUCCCCACUGAGGCCCAUCUGUGACCUGAGGGUCCUCAACCAUUUCAUCAAGGAAGCCCAAGACGCAGAAGUCGCAAUGUCAUGCCGAGAUGGAUGUAGCCUGUCCCAGUCCAUCACCGUUCCCCAGACCACAGUAGACUUUGAUAUCUGGGAAAUGAAAAAUGCCAUGGAGAAAGCCCAGGAGGUGCAGUGUGGCUUAUGGCUCCUCCAGCAAGCCCUCAACUUGCUGCGCAGCUCGGUCACCAACGUAGCGCUGCAUGGACACAUUGACAAUUCGCUGAGGAACGUGCUGAGCAUCAACGCCGUACUGCGCAGUCUCAACAUCCCGGAGUACGAGCCACCGGCAAGCGUGGCUGGCCUGGAGGGGACGUGGCACGUUUCUACGGCGGCUGACCUCCUCCAAGUGCACGUCAACUUCCUGCGAGGCAAAGUGCGUCUCCUUCUCUUGGAGGCGCAGGCUUGUCAACAAGAUGUCAGUUGAUUGACUCGUCUUCUCACUCCAAGGCUAAAUCUGCUUUAAAAAGGGCCUCGACUCUGGUGACCUACUUGCUAGCUGCUAGAAACAACCAAACGACCACACCUUUGCUUGUUCUUUUUUUGAAGUGAGGGCAAAGAGCAGCCACAGGGGAUCUUCUGGAGAGAGUGGCACUUUGAAAUGUGGACACAUGUUGACCAAAACAAGGCUUUUUUUUUAAAGAAGCACCGCUCUUGCACUUUGUGUGUCAAUGCACUAGUGUGCACCGGUUAGUACUGCACAUGGUGUGUUUGUCUCUUUCCCAAGUGUUUAACCUUUUUGUAAGUGAAUUAUGCAGGAAUAUUAAUAUCACGCCUACACAGCGUGGCAACAAAACAUGAAUGAGAGGCCUUUACUUGUAAAAAAUAUUUGUCUUGUUUAGAUUUCUACUGUGUGACAAGGUUUAAUAUAUUUUGAAACAUUGUGUAAUGACUAUUUAUACAGAUUUUCUACUUUUUAGCUUUGUAUUGUUCAGUGUUGACCUUUUAGACUUUUGUAAAGAAACAAGAAACUUUUGUAUGUUGUCAUGGCGAGAGGUCAUUGAAGAGGACAUGAGAACUGUGAAGUAGUGCUGUCAUUAUCAGUCCAGCUAACAAUCACACAGAGCCAGAGCACUGAUAGCCUGCAAAAAAGAAACAAAAACAUCCUGCAACUAAUUCCACAAUCAUACUGGAAAACUGUUCAGUUCGCAAGCCUGAAAAGGAAGCAAACUGGAAUUUGCGUCAUUUGGAGAAAAUGUUUAACGAUUCCAGCUUUUUUCCUUGUUUUCCUCAAUUGUGACUUGUUGCGCAAGUGCAUGGUGGUUUUGAGGAUGUUUGCACAUGUUCUCCUUUCCUGUUUUGUAUGUCCAAUCACUGUAGAAUUUGCUAUUUAAAUACAAAAACAUUAUUCUUGGAUGAACAAAAAUGAUGGCGACAACCAGUUCUUGUCUCUUCCGGUCGGUGGCAUAAACCGCAGAGCUUGCACAGCUAAGAUGCCAAAAUAAAAGGUUGUGUUUUAGGUUCUUAGCAACAAUAAAAUGUGGACAAUUCCAAAGUACAUGACACAAAACUUUAUUCGUGACUGAAUGGCACCAUUCUCACUCCAAUUCCAUUGAAAUAACAGCACUAAACUAAUAUCCACCUUUAAAGAUGGAAAACAAAAGGUACAAGAAACAUUUGUCUCCUGACAUCUAGUGGAUUAUUUCAUACAACACCAGCCAAGAUCUGCAAAGGAAUUGACUGCAUUUGGAACACAAUACUUGUGGUCAAACAUUGAAGAGCUACCAAAGCAUCCAUCUAACAUCUGGUAUGCACCAUAGUUGGUCAGGGGUUGAUCCUGCAGUAAGAUAAUGACCUGCAAUAGAAGUCCAAGCUAUGCCUGAACGACCCUAGGGGGAAAAAAAGAACAAGUUCUGUCUUGUGUUAACGACUGUGCUGUCCCCUUCAUGUUGUUUUCCUCCUUGUGAGUAGUUGUGGCAAAUCUUGUGUUUACGUUUGGGACCUUAUAUCCAACACAACUAGACCAGGGGUGUACAGAGCCUUUUGCUGCCCACAGCUCAUCUUAAGAUGGCCUACGGCUCAUUUUACAAACAGUCAAGACAAAGUUGAAAUGGAAAUCCUAGUAUACCCAUGUUUUGAAACAGAUUUACAUCUGGAUGUGUCUUUCCACAUGACAAAAUACUCAUUUUAUCAGUUCGGGUGAAACAACUUAUUCUCAACUGCAUUUGCUCAACUAUAUCCAGGAGAUGACCAUUUUAUUUGUGAGUAUAGAAUGGGUGUCCAAAGUACUAUUUUGCAGCAUACAGCUUUGUUUUGAUUGGCCCGUGACGCAUUCUAAAGACAAUACAUGUCCCGAAUUAGAAGAUCCCACAAAAAAAACAGAAUGAAACUGGCCUAAACUACAACAAAAAAGACACUCCUUGUUUAUUUAUGUUAAGAGAUUUAUGGACAUGAUUGCGAUAAAUGAUUUUUCGCAAAAGUAGAAUCGAUUAUUUUCACACAAAAAACUUUGUUGGCUCUCUAAAAAGGCAGAAAUUUCCCUUAGCUAUCCUGCUUUUGCUUCAUGUCUCGUCUUGGAACAUCGUUUUGCACUGAUCUCCAAAAUUCAAACAAUGGAAUUAACUUGCCUCUCAACAUUUACAAGGUCUUCUCCCUGAGAAACUCAGGUUUGGGAGAACUUGUCUGUCCUGACAAAACAUUUGUUGCUGGAUACACAAUGGACUCUUGGGAGAAUUGAAAGGUCGUUUGCCUGGCGAGUCCUUCAGUCGAGGACAUUGAAGACACCCAUCUAUUCAAAAUCAUGAUAACAGGAUAUUUGAUUGGAGUAAGAGUUGCACUGGUGUAUCGACAAAGUCUAAUGAAGCUGGCAGCCGUUCACAUCAUUGAUGUGAUAGGUAGAGCUGUGGGUACUUAGGUCAUAGUAAUUUCUGAACUAAAUUGCAAUUUGGAACAUUCCAAUCUGGAUUCCGUCUUCCCGAUGGAUCAGCUUGGCAAAAUUUCUAUGGGACUCCCCAGCUAAGAUACCCCCUCCCCCACCUCCCCCGUAUUAAAUUGGUCCUUUCAUCCUGGCUGUGACUGUGGAAAGUGGCCUGCUUGGACAUAUCUCCCCCGCUGCAAUGUUUUGGGUUCACAGAGUGUAAUAUGUGUUUAUCUGUGCCUAAAAUGCUUGAGGGUUUUUUUCGGUCUCAAACAGAGCCCUUCUCUUUAACAAGAGCUUAGUUUGGGAAUUGCUACCCUCUCCCUCCAACCUUUUUACAGAGCUCUGCUUGGUUGUGACCAAUGAGUCUUCCUGUUCUGUCUACCCCUGUAUAUUGUAUGUCUGUUCUUAGACGGGUUGUACUAAAAACUAUUUUUGUACUUUUAAGUGCAAUGACAAUAAAGCAACACAAAACAGUUUACUACUUUCUAGAAAUAUGUUUUUCCACAAUAUGAAUGCCCAUGAAAUGAAGUUACAUCUUUAGUCUCCUUGAAAUUCUUUAAUCCAAUAAAGUAAUGAUGCCUGAGGCUGAGGCAAUCAGUGGUUACAAUACUGAACAGAACACUGAUUAGUUUUGGCCACUAGAGGAGACCAAACCACUUUAGUCUUUGCAUAUAUUUUGCCUAUUUAGCGAUAUAAUGCUUGAAAAUGUUUAUUUUAG